AUGGCUUCCUUUCUCCCUGUCAACAACUCGGCCCCUGAAGACCACGCGAUGGAUGGAGAAGCUACACCCCGUGCCAUCCCAAAUGGUGUGCCGGUAACACCGGAUGUUUCUUCGACCGAGCAGUUUCCGGACGGAGUCUCACACCGCAGCCGCGGUAGCGACACCUCAUCCCGCACAACCUUGACCCACGCUCGAACCCCGUCAACGUCGGACGAACACAUGCACGAUUCCGAGGGAGAACAGGAGGAUUCCGAUCAUGAUCAGAACCUAGGGAGUAACGCACCGCCCUCGAAAAAGAAGAAAGGUCAACGGUUCUUCUGCACCUCUUUCCCUCCUUGCAAUCUGAGCUUCACCCGGAGCGAACAUCUGGCUCGCCAUAUUCGAAAACAUACUGGUGAACGUCCCUUCCAGUGUCACUGUUCUCGCCGAUUUUCCCGACUCGACAACCUCCGCCAGCAUGCUCAAACGGUCCAUGUCAAUGAGGAGAUUCCCGGGGAUUCGCUAGCAGCCACGGGCACACGAUUCCAGCGCCAGGUCCGUACAGAUCGAGUGCGACCACCAGGUCGGGCGCGGGCAGGCACCGGUGGUAGUGAACUUGUCAACCUCGAGUAUUGCGUCCACGGCUUCCACAUUCAGCCAACCUCCGGAACUUCGGCGGCGCCCCCGCCUUUGAUCAUGGCCAACGAUCCGGCAGCUCGAUCCCGACUGGCAAUGGAUUCCAUGGGAGAACCUCCGAGCACACCCCCGGGCCAGAUCCGUGGCGCUCCUGGUCCCUCGACAGCUGGAUCACCAUACACCCCCUCCAAUAUGUUUGCUGCUACUGGCGGAAGCCCCCAAUUCGCUUCACCCAUGUCUGGUACAGCACAUGGGUUCUGGGAAGGAAAGACGGCUGCCCGUCGUCUUUCAGUGCCGACGAGCAGCAACCCUUUCCUCACACAGCACGGCAACGCAUAUCCCCCGGCAUAUCACACCCCGGCCGUCGCACCUUAUCCAAACGCGGCUGGCGUAUUUGCAAGCCCUACUAGCACACAUUACUCGGUAUCUCGUGACGAGGGCACCCUGAGCGCGGCUGAGGCGGAGAUGCGGAGAAGAACUUGGCACCCUUCGUCGUACACAGGGUUUCCACGUCCUGGAACCAGUGGCCUAAACCAAUAUCAUACACCCGAUAAUGUACCGGCCUCAUUCGGCGUCAACGGUUCGACCGAGCACCCGCCCCGACUCCCCGGAAUUGAAAGUUUCGACAAAGUAGUUCAACGGCCGAUGACCCCACCCACCAGGAAAGGCAGUCCAAUGCAGCUUGAGGGCCACCAUCGUCCACCACAUAGCGCAGCCUUUGGAUCUGGAUUCAAUUACACGCAGCCAGCCCACCGUCCACCACCCCCCAUCUCCGGCCCUGGUCACCGACGAGGCCAUGUGUCCUGGGAUAUGUCUUUGCAUCAUAACCUAACCGGACUGGAUAUCCGAGACCGACGCCCAUCCACUGCGUCCGCUUCUCAAUGGGGUCAACAAACGCUCGCGGAACUCCAAAAUGUCUCUUCCCGCCCGUCGUCGGCUUACCAGCCUUCAUUUGGCCCAAUGGCCGAAAGAAGCCCCGAAGAGUAUCGGGGACAUCGCCCGAGCCUUUCAACGGGGAGCCGCACGCGAACCUCCCCCGAGGAUUCCAGUAGCAGUGAGGGUGUACAUACCCCAUCCACCGCUUCGCUUGAAUAUCAUCCCGCGAUUGUGCACAGCAGCGGGUAUAUCGAAUCUCAGGAUUCCUGUCUACCUUCCGAACACCCUCCACAGAUCUGUGACCGCCAAUCCUCCCACGCGGACGGCUACGAAGCCCACAACGACCGGGAGCCCAGGCCCGACGUCUUCUCAGACUCUCCUGCCCGAAAUUCGGGCAUGGGUCGGCUGGAAGCUCUUGUCGCCGUCGCCACAAGCGAGAACAAAGGAGCAGCCAAGCUAUUUCUGUAAAUUGUCUGGACAAAGCCCUCCUGUUCUAUACCAUUCCGCGCCAUUUUACAUAUGAAAGUCAUCUUCGCUUCCUG